UCUGCUUUAACAACUCAAAUGGUUUUUGAGGACUGAGAGGAGGGAACUAUGGCUGUAGUACAGGAACUUUUCCAGAUUCCCAGUUUGGUCACCCUGCUUGUUUCUGUACUGAUGCUUUUGAUCCUGUAUCUGCUGAUCAACACACAAAACCGAGGCAAGGAGCCUCCAGGACCCAGACCUUUGCCUCUUCUAGGAAACCUACUGCAGCUGGAUCUCAAGAGGCUCGAUCUGAGCCUCUUCCAGCUAUCUCUGAAGUAUGGGCCUGUGUCCACCAUUCACUUUGGCCCAAAGAAAACUGUGGUUCUUGCAGGCUAUAAGGCAGUGAAAGAAGCUCUCAUCAAUUUUGCUGAAGAAUUUGGGGACCGAGACAUGGCGCCUAUAUUCAAUGAUUUUUCAAAAGGGCACGGCAUCGUGUUUGCCAAUGGAGACUCAUGGAAGGAGAUGAGGCGCUUUGCACUAUCAACCCUUCGUGACUUUGGGAUGGGAAAACGAGGGGUUGAGGAGAAAAUUAUUGAGGAGAUCCACUACAUGACAGAGGUGUUUGCAAAUGUCAAAGGCAAACCAUUUGACACCAAUGAAGCAUUGAAUCACUCAGUCUCCAACAUCAUUUCUUCAAUUGUCUAUGGCAACAGGUUUGAAUAUGACGACCCAGAGUUCCAGAAGAUGGUCUAUCUGGCAAAGAAACGUAACAACCUCAUCGGGGCACCUGGCAUUAAUCUGUACAACAUCUUUCCAAGGUUGCGCCCUUGGCUGAAGGUAUGGACCAGCCUGAUGAACACUAUGGAGGAGAACAUAGAGCAGCAAAGAGGACUUAUAAGGAAACUUCAGGAAACUCUGAACGCUGAGGACAAGAGAGGCUUUGUAGAUGCCUUCCUUCUCCGACAGCAGGAAGUCAAGAAGUCUGGGGAGCAAGUUUCUCAGUACUAUCACGAGAAGAACCUUCUCUACACCGUGAGCAACCUUUAUGCAGCUGGAACUGACACCACUGCGACCACACUGCGUUGGGGGCUGCUGUUUAUGGCCAAAUACCCCCAUAUCCAAGACCGUGUACAGGAGGAGCUGGACAGGGUCAUUGGGGGUCGGCAGACUCGAGUGGAGGACAGGAAGAACCUGCCGUAUACUGAUGCUGUGAUCCAUGAGAUACAGAGGAUGGCCAACAUAGUUCCUCUGAAUCUCCCACAUGUCACAAGCUGUGACGUGGUCUUCCAGGGAUACCACAUCCGGAAGGGAACUGCUGUCAUCCCAUUGUUGACAUCUGUACUAAGAGAUGAGAGUGAAUGGGAGAGUCCCAAUACCUUCAACCCCGGCCACUUCCUGGAUGAUCAGGGUCGGUUCAUGAAGAGGGAUGCCUUCAUGCCCUUCUCUGCAGGACGCCGAAUAUGCCUUGGAGAGAGUCUGGCUAGGAUGGAGAUCUUCCUCUUCUUCACCUCGCUCCUGCUGAAGUUCAGGUUCACUCCACCUCCUGGGCUGUCUGAAUCUGACCUGGACCUCACUCCAGCUGUUGGGUUGAUCUACAACCCGCCUACACAUAAACUGUGUGCUGUAAGCCGGGCUUGAAGCUGCUGAACCCUGAUGGUUUUUAUGGAGCUGAACUGUAAGCUAUCAUCCUCAACAUGGCUUGAAUAAACAGAGCAAAUAAAAUGUGAAAACAUAAUAGAUCUAUCUAUCUAUCUAUCUAUCUAUCUAUCUAUCUAUCUAUCUAUCUAUCUAUCUAUCUAAGCCUGCACACAUUUUCAGAAAAGGGUGUCAUUCUGUGAAUAAAAAAAAAACAACAAUAUGCUAGUAUUUACUGUACAGAGAACAUUUCACUAUCUAAAUCAAUACAUAUUGUACUAUAUUCAUUCUCCAUACAUGAAAUGAUCUGUGUUGGGUAUUGAAGGUCCUUGCAGGACAGUCGUCCUUUGAGCUCUCUAUUCUUGGGGCCAGAGAACUAACACAUAACUUGCUAUCUCCUCUUCUUAAGCUUCUUCCCAUCAUGGGUUAAGCUCUGUGGAGGGAAGACAGUCCCACACACUGCUUGGGGUAGUUGGCAGCUAUCAGUAUUUAUCAUUCCACACUGGUAGGUUCCAGGCCACCCAUAAGGUAUCCAUUGUUACUCAGCCUCUGCUGGUGUGGCAGGUUUUGGAGGGCCGCAAUGUCACAGAACCUAUACGUCAUUUUAAUAUGGUUUGCAUCUUUGUGGAGAUCCUGAACAUUCAGUCAUAAUUAUGAGACAGGGCUGCCGUGCAUAAUUGCCAGGAGCCCUACCUCACCUAUGACCCUAUAAUACUGAACCAGCAACCGGGACACUGGGACAUUCAUCUCUGAAAGUUUUAUACCCGUAGCACACUCAUACGGGGCAGGGUCCCCCCCAACAUUUCAAUAUCCAAUUCUAGAUGACCUGCAACUGUAGCCAAUGGCACUGUUGCAUAGGUCUAACCCCCAAUCCUGAGUUUAAUGCUCAACCAGACUUUCAGAUGCAGUGGUUACCAUAGAACCCAUAUAAAGUAAACGGCUAACCUGUACCCCACCCCACUGUGACUGGCUGAGCCCGAGGCACUGGGUGAAGGAGCUGCGCCUACUCUUGCUGUAACAAUAUCUAGCUGAGCAUUUUGUCUGCGAACCCACCUCAGGAGGCUGGUCCUCUGCACAAAAGGUUUCCCCUGGGUCCAACCUCCUGCCGUAAAUAGUUUCUGCAGUGCUGGUUUAAAACUAACAAAUCCUUUUAACAGCUGUUUUGAAUUGUAUCUAGAAUAGGACUGAUUAAACUGAUCCAAAGACUAUAUACACAAAUCAACCUGUAUCUUACAUAAUGAUUUAUUUAUACUACUAAAAUGUAACUUGACCUUUACACAGAAAUUCUGGUGUCCCACAGGCCUCAGUUAUGUAACAGUCCUUAAAACCUAAUAAAGCUUUCAAAAGGUCUAA